AUGUCGACGGGUAAACGUUUGGCCAAGCGUUCCAUCUUAGGAACGCGCGUGUGCGCCCCAAACGAUCAGGGCUUGUUUGUGCCGGGCGUGAUCCAGGCUAGUCGGACGGACGACCACAGGAAUCUGUACAAUGUGUGUUUGGACGACGGCAAGACGAUACGCGAGUACGGUCCGGCCGAUCUGGUGGGUCCGGGUUUCCGGACUGUGUCGGACGUGAUCCUUCAGCGGGGCCAGAGGGUGUUCGUCACCCACAACGGCCGAGAAGUCCGGGGCGUCGUGUCCGACCACCGGCCGGACACGGACGAGGUGGAGCUGAGCCUGCCCAGUGCCGGACUGGUGUUGCGGAAGCGGCUGGAGGAGAUCCGGCUCAUAGAGAGCAGGAAGUCUGCCCGACUGCAGGACAGCGACACGGACUAUUCUAGACUGGCCGACGGACAGCCCGAGCCCAGGCGAAGGGCCUCAUCUCUCAGCAUUGACGUGCCGUACGGAUUAAGUGGGCGUAAGCGGAGGUCUUCAGCGGAUGAUGGUGUAAUGGACGACUGCAUGGCCGCCAUGGUGCUUAUGAGCUUGUCCUGUAGCCCCAAGUCUCCUUGUCUACCAUCCGCCCACGGUUGGUCUCCUCCGAUGCAGUUGGCCGCUAGUAGCAGCUCUGGAGCAUCCAGUUGGUGUUCGGGGGGAGGAGGCAGCACAAGGGCCACUCCCAGUCCCCCAAUGGACCCCCUCCACGGACAGACGGACGAAGGUAUUGAUUCGGAUGCCUCUUCAUCCCUGGCCGCAGAUGAUGCCGCAUUUCCAGCACCCCCUAAGAGAAAGAGUCCACCUCGUACUCGCAUGCUAGUAUUCCAGUGCACUUGGCCUGGAUGCGGAUUGCAGUACCAAGACUGUGAACAAGUAGAACGGCACGUCCGCACUCAGCAUCUCAAGCGCAGCGUGGACGAGUCCAGUAGCAGCCCCGACUCCGAAGGGGACGGAGAAGGGAUAGCCAGUGACCACGAGGAGGAGUUCUAUUAUACAGAGAUGGAGGUGGAGGAGAGCGAUAAUUCCAUUCAGCACUUCUUCCAAUGGCCAGGAACCUCCAUUUACUCGUCUUCGGUGCCCACCCUCAGCCACCUAGACAUGGCGAGGCCAGCCCACGAAGAUCCCGAGUACCGAAAGCAACAUGCGGCUGCAACGCAGGUACUAAGCCCUCCAUUGAUGCAAGCCUCUCCCAUAUCAAUUCCUCAACUGCAGAAACCGGCCGCUUGGCAUCUACACGGAUACGCCGCCAGUGCACCCUCCAAUAUGGGCUCUCCGCAGAAGUGCAUGCGCCUGAGCGUGAAGCCGACCUCUUCGCCCAGCAAGGGCUCUUCGCCGCUGCACCGCCGCACCCGCUCCGAGAGCCGCAAGUGCCGCAAAGUGUACGGCAUGGACAACCGGGACAUGUGGUGCACGCAGUGCAAGUGGAAGAAGGCCUGCACCCGAUUCGUCGACUGA